CCAUUUCCGGUUUAAGAAAAAACGUCAACAACGUGGUUUCUGUCAUACUCGAUUUUUAACCAUGGCAAAAACAAAAAGAAAGGAGAUGAAGAAAGACAAAAUAAACAAAAGUGGACAUAGCAUGAAUCCAGACCGCCCAAAAGGUGCAGGGGAAAACAAUAUGCGGGACAAAGCUACUAUCAAAAGACUGCAGAUGUACCGGAAUUUUAAGGCAAAGAGGGACAGAUCAGGCAAAAUUAUCAAAGCUGCACCAUUUCAGUCAAAGUUGACACCAGGAAGUAUGGCUAGGGUAGAACCAAAUAGAAGAUGGUUUGGCAAUACCAGGGUGAUAACACAAAAUGCACUACAAACUUUCCAAGAAGAGAUGGCCAAGGUCAAAAAGGACCCCUAUAAAGUUAUAAUGAAACAGACUAAGCUCCCAAUAACACUACUCAACGAGACAGCCAAGUAUGCUAAAGUCCACCUGCUGGACACAGAAGGAUAUGAUACAACAUUUGGUAAAAAAGCACAGAGGAAGAAACCAAAAUUGAAAACUGCAGAUAUGCAGGCAUUUGUUGAUCAAGCCACGACAGCAACUGACAGCUACUCAUCAGAAAAGGACCAUGACCUUGUCACAGAGGCACCAGAGUUCAAAGAUGAAAAACUAGAGGUCAUAUUCAAGGCUGGUCAAUCCAAAAGGGUGUGGGGAGAACUGUAUAAGGUGAUAGAUUCAUCUGAUGUGGUGAUCCAGGUGUUGGAUGCCAGAGAUCCACUAGGCACACGUUGUUACCAGAUAGAGAGAUACAUGAAGAAAGAGAAAACUCAUAAGCAUUUGAUUUUUGUGCUGAAUAAAGUGGACUUAAUACCAGUGUGGGUUACUCAAAAAUGGGUAGCAAUUCUCUCCCAGGAGCAUCCAACAAUGGCUUUCCAUGCCAGUAUCACAAAUCCAUUUGGAAAAGGGGCCCUCAUCAAUUUAUUGAGACAGUUUAGUCAGCUGCACAAAGAUAAAAAGCAGAUCAGUGUAGGGUUUAUUGGGUAUCCAAAUGUCGGGAAAAGUUCCAUCAUCAACAGUCUACGAGCAAAGAAGGUCUGCAAGGUAGCCCCUAUAGCAGGCGAGACAAAGGUGUGGCAGUAUGUGACACUUAUGAAGAGGAUAUACCUUGUGGAUUGUCCGGGUGUGGUGUACCCCUCGGCAGCCACACCCACAGACUUUGUCCUGAAAGGGGUGGUUCGAGUUGAACUGGUAAAGGCACCAGAGGACUACAUACCAGCCUUGUUAGAGCGAGUCAGACCUGAAUAUAUAAGGAAAACUUACAAAAUCGACAACUGGACAUGUCACGAGAACUUCUUGGAACAGAUAGCCAAAAAAUCUGGGAAACUUCUUAAGGGUGGAGACCCAGACUUAGGAACAGUGGCAAAGAUGGUUCUUAAUGACUGGCAGAGAGGAAAGAUUCCCUAUUUUGUAAAACCUCCGGGAUAUGAAAACAAUGAAUCAACUUCAAGUGAAGUUCCUAGCAUUGAAACCCAAACUGAAGAGAAAUCAACGAAAGAGGAAGAAAUUCCAAAGGAAUUGGAGAAGAAAACACUGCCUAUGGUUCAACAAAACCUCUCAGAAAUUCGUGUGGAGCCACGUUUUUUGGAAGAGGACAUUAAGAAUGUUGUUGCUGUGGAGGGUAAAGAUGACUCGGAUCUUGAGGCUGAGGCUAAGGACAAUGAUUUGGAUGAGGAGGCUGAUGAAGAGAGAAAGUCCACCAGAGAAAAGGGAAAGAAAACAGACAGUGCUGAAGACAAUGAAGUGUCAUAUAGUACGGAAAAGUCGGCAGACGAACAGUUAGAUAAUGAUUGUGUGUCCGAGAGACUGCAGCCUGGUGAGGAAGUGUCAGGAGAUGUGAUAGAGUCCAAACAGAAGGGGAGGAAGAGAACGGCAGGGCAGAUACUGACUACUCACUCCACCAGUGGAAAAUUCACCGUAGUGGACGAGGGUGGCCAACAGAAUAAAAAGAAAAGAAAGUCAGUGGAUAAAAGUCCUCAGAAACACGGAGGUAGUGUAUCUGAAGAGAAUGGUUCUCCUCAGACAAAACUAACAAGUAAACAGAAGCGCAGAUUAGAAAGAGAGGCUCGUAGCAAGAAAAUUGGAACCCACUUUUACUCAACUACAAAUGUAAAGAAUAAGAGGAGAUGAUUGAGUUUAAGAACCAGAUAAACUUGUUAAUUGAUUAAAAAUAUGCAAUAAAAUGUUGUAGAGGUAAA